GCGUAAUGCUGCUCAAAUCGAAAGAUCGAGACGUGGGCCACAGGUCAUGUUGCUGCAAGCCUUAGAAGAUUUUGUUGCUACAAAAUUCUCCAAUCUUAGUCCUGCACAUAGAAAUGAAGCCAUUGAUGACUACAAACUCUGUCUUAGAAUCAAACCACGUAUAGGCAUCUUUUUUACAGAUGGCAAAUAUCCAGCUUCAGCGGAUUGCGAUAAUGUACCUUAUGAAAUUUGCAAAACUCACCGAUGGACACGACCAGUCGAUUGCUUUUACGUAGCCAUCGAAGCUUUAGCUGUUAAUAAAAAUGAAGACGCAAUCGGAGGGGAAAGAAAUAUAACAGCUGCUGUAUUUUUGCCCGAAUUGCCGGCUGUUAAUUAUGCCAUCGCUGAGACCAGUUCCCAUUCUAUUGAACAGUAUUUCAGAAGUGGUGGCUCUUUAUUAACUGAUAUUGCUGAUAAGUUGUUUGCGAAAGAAGCUGAUCACACAUGCUUUUUCAUAUUUCUUUAUCAGUGGCAAGACGAGCCAACCUAUGAAAAUCAUCACAGUAACUUUUUGAACAUGGUUUUAGAUGGUAUAAAAAGCAGGUAUGCUCCGGGCACGUAUUCUUUGUGGGGCGGAGCUAUCAAUGACAUUUUUACAAUAGCAAAAGACGAGAAUCUACCUUAUCAAUCCACAAGUUUCUGCGCUAUGGGCAUCUCGGGUUCCUCGAUGAUGUCUUGGUCCAUCGUUAUUGAUCAUAGGAUGCAGCAGUUUGAAAUAGAAGAAAAGUUACAAAGUUUUAAGAUUAAUAUACAUUUGCAAUCUUCUUCGAUCGCCUUCUUAAUAUUACCGACACUGAGAGAUAACAUUGAUAGAUCAAGAUUAGACAUUUUCAAAAAUAUUUUUCCUACAAUUACAUUAAUGAGCAUUUUUAACGAUAAAAACAAUGCCGUUCUCUCUCUGGAUUCCAUGAAUUUUGGUAUUUUCUCUAAUUUUUAAAUGUCCACUUCAUUUAUAUUGCAAAAUUCAUACUUUUUAACAGGUAUUUAUUUUUUACAGAAUGCAACCCUGAACUAAAGCAAUUUAAUUCUUACGCAUAUGUGAUAUUAACUUAUAAAAAAUAAAUUUGAUCCAAUCAUGAUAAGUACUGUGGGAAAGAAUCAAUGUUUAAAGGAAUGAAAAGAUCAAAACCCUGUCAAGCAAUAAACAAUUUUAUUUAAUACAAACUAUGGUACAAAAUUUAUACAGAAACAACGAUUUCUUUCGUUUUGUUAUGACGUUGUAUUUCUUGCUCAUGACAGCAGCUUCUCAUCGCGUGUAAGACGCUCACACAUUUAAGCAAAAGGGACAUGGAGAAGAAGG